UUGUCCUACACGCCAAGCGCUGCUAAUCCACUACUCCUAUCCCAUGAAGCUCAUACUAACCGUCAGAAGCAUCAGACCCUCGCAGAUCCCCACUUUUAUCGACAUACUCGCCAUUGAGGUGGUGGGCUUUCAGCUGCCCCGGUGCCCCUCAAUUCAUCAACAAGCCGUUUGUACAACUUAGGCAACUUCUCAAGUGGCUGUUGCCCUGCAUGCCACCGAGGAGUUCUUCGGGGCCCGCUGCGGGUGGACUGUGCUCGAUACUGCGGGCACUGUUUGUUUAAAUAGUCACCCCGCGUGAACUUUCGCACUCUCAUUCUCUUCCCCUCUCUCUUUGCCUUACCCUCACCCACCUCACAGAGUACUUGCUUUGCAAGUGCUUGACAUCACACCGCCAGCAUGGACUUCCUUAAGAAGAAGAUGAAGGAGUUGCUUGACGACGAUGACAAGCCCAAGGACAAGCCCACUGACUCCUCCACCUCAAGUUCGCAACCUUCCCAUGGUGACUCUUAUGGAACACCUGGUGGUGCCGCUCCAGGUGACCGUGGUCUCUCUGGUGGCUACUACAGCGGUGGCCAGGGCGGUCCUCCUCAGCAGCAGCAGCAGUACGGUCAGCCUCCUCAGCAGCAGUAUGGCCAGCCACCACAACAGCAGUACGGCGCGCCUCAGGGUUACGGCCAGCCGCAAGGCUACGGUCAACCCCAGGGCUACCCUCCUCAGCAGUACAACCAGGGUCCUCCAACACCUCAAGGUCCUCCAGCACCGUAUGGUGCCCCUCCUCCAAUGCCGCCUGGCUGGGUUCAGCAGUGGGACCAGAAUAGCCAGCGCUGGUACUACGUUGAGCAGGCCACAGGUCGCACCCAGUGGGACCCUCCCUCCAACCUGCCUCCUGGUCCCUACGCUCCCCCAGGUCCCAACGCUCCCUACGUUGCCGGAGCUGGUCACGACGAGCGCGGUCUCUUCGGCGACACUCACGGACACAGCGGACAUGACUACAACAAAGCGCCUGGCGCUCCCGCUGAUCCUUACAAGUCCGAGAAAGAGAAGAAGGACAAGGGUCACUCCACCGCCAUGCUCGCAGCCGCUGGUAUCGGUGGUGUAGCUGCUGGUGCCUGGAUUGGCCACGAGCUGACCGAGGACUCUGAUGACGAGAAGCAGCAGAGCUACGCUGCUCCUGCUGCGGCAGCUGCUGCACCCGCCGCCGCCGCCCCAGCCGCGUAUGCUGCCGACCCCUACUCCAGCGACCCGUACGGCGACCAGGCUUUCGCGCCUCCUCCCCCAGUCCCCACCCACGACGCAGACGGCGACUCCAUCUCAAGUAGUGACCGUGAGUCGCUCGAGGAGAAACGCGAGGAGCUCAUCGAGGCGCAGGAGGAGUAUCAGGAGGAGCUCGAGGAGGCGUACGAUGACUGA